AUGGGUAUUGCUGUCGGUACUAUGCUAAUCGUUGCGACCGUUUGCGCUGGUCACAAUUUAACUGCUGAAGUAGGCAUUAGUCACUGGACAAGUGCCACUGUUGUCAGUGCCGAUGUGUUUAAUAUCGGAAACUGGGGGUUCUUAAAGACUGAGGCUACCGACGAGGCUGCCACCGCCACCUCCUCUGAGCGAAACGAGCUUGCUACUAGCAUUUUUUCAGCUAUGAAAACCCUAUGCUCCGAUAGUGCUGUUGACACUGAGACCUAUGUUCUAACUAUUAGCUGGAAUGAAGAAAUCAAUAGCUUUACAGAAACCUCUGUGAUAAAGACUAUGAAAUACUGCGCUACCUAG